CCUUGUUCCAGCUUCCAGAUCUUGAAUCAUGGAGGACCAAAACAGAUCUCAGCGUAAAAUGUCGACGGCAGGAGAAAGCCUUUAUAAGAUCCUUGAUUUGAAGAAAGGAGCGUCGCCAGAGGAACUAAAGAAAGCGUACAGGAAACUGGCAUUGAAGCAUCAUCCGGAUAAAAACCCAGACAACCCAGAGGCAGCGGACAAAUUCAAGGAAAUCAACAACGCCAACUCCAUCCUGAGCGAUGAGAACAAACGGAAGAUCUACGAUGAGUACGGCUCGAUGGGACUUUACGUCGCCGAGCAGUUUGGGGACGAGAGCGUCAAAUAUUACUUCCUCAUGUCCAAGUGCUGGUUCAAGGGCCUGGUGGUCUGCUGCGGGAUCUUCACCUGCUGCUGCUGCUUCUGCUGCUGCUGUUUCUGUUGUGGGAAGUGCAAGACGAGCGAAGAACAGGAAAACUUUGCCUAUGUGGACCCCGAAGACCUGGAGGCAGAGAUCAGGAAUCAGGACGCAGGUAAGAAGAUUCAGAUGGUGUCCUCCAGCUGCUGGAACAACUCAUUGUCAGAAGGGUUAUCUGAAACGGCAAGUGUUGUCCCUUUGUAUUUCAAGACAUCCGUGAAACGAUCAAACUCUCAUGAGACUCAGAUCAGGAAGAGGGGCUUGAGAAAGUGGAAACGAUGCAGAGGAGAUGUCAGGGUGGUUUUGGCUUCAUCCCUUCUGUGGAUGAAUCCAACAUAAAGACACAGACAGAAUUAACCAGUCAGUUUAUACAAAUCACAGCGAGGUCCACGAAACAAUGAAUUCACACAUUUUCUAUUGCGUUGUGUGAAACGUUAGAGAGAAGAUUAGCACGGCCCCUUGUGCAAGGAUGACACGCAAUUUGACUUGUUUCCACAAGUUGAUCUACCUGCGUCUGCUCUCGAGCACCUGAGGCCAGAGUGGCUGGAUUUCACAACGAUGUGGUUGUGAAAGUGCUUGUUGCAUUUCACAACCACAUCGCAGCAGGAAAUUCUAUCUGAGAGGGACCUGGUGACAAGAAUCUCACCAAGUCAGUAUUUGGCUGUCAAACUUUGUCCAACUCUCCCAACGUCAGAGCAGCUUUGGCUUUAUCCUUUUCCAAGUUUUAGACAGAAUUAGCUGUCAGAGGUUGUGGUGGAUUUCUGUCGAGUGGUGCAGUG